AUGGAUAUACCGGAUGCAAUAGAUAAUUCCAUAGAUGUUGCAGAAAACAGUAAUAUUGCCAACUGCAGUGAUACUAUUGAUGAACAUUACCAUGAUAAGAAGAAAAAGGAAGCACUUCAAUUCAUUGAAGAAAUUACAAUUAAUGCCGAUGAAGUUCAAAAUCAAGCUCUCGCAGAAAUCUUAUCUUGUAAUGCUCAAGUCGACUACUUACAAAGACAUGGUUUAAACGGACAAACAGAUCGUAAGACAUUUAAGAGAAUCAUGCCCGUGGUUACAUAUGAAGAUCUAAAACCUGACAUUGAUCUUCUCAUCGCUAAAGGUAAUAGUAUUUCAUCUACUCUCUGCAAAUCGCCUAUUUCUCAGUUUUUCUGUAGCACGGGAACUUCAUCUGGAAUGAGUAAAUUAAUACCAUCAACAGAAGAACAAGCUGAGAAAUCACGGCAAUUCUUCUCCCUCUUAAUUCCGGUCUUAAAUCAGCAUAUUCCUGGUUUAAACAAAGGAAAUGCGAUGCAGAUUAUUUUUGUAAGUCCAUGUACUGAAACACCAGGAGGAAUAAUAUCAUCUUUAGUAUCUACCAGCGUAGCCAAAACCUCCAGAAAUUUGUCUAGUAAUAUUAAUUACACCAGUCCAAUAGAAACCAUUUUAUGUGAGGAUACUCAUCAAAGUCUAUAUUAUCAAUUACUUUGUGACCUCUAUCAAAACAAACAAGUUCUUCGCCUAGGAUUCGCUUUCGCUUCGGGUUUUAUGGUAGCCGUUAAGUGUUUACAGCAACAUUGGACCCUUCUAUGUGAUGAUAUCCGACAUGGAACUAUAUCAGAAGACCACCCUAAAAUCACUGACCCAUCGGUGAGAAAAGCGGUCAUGAAAAUACUAGUCAAGACAAACCCCGAACUUGCUGAUUUCAUCGAGAAUGAGUGUAAGAGAGAUUCAUCAUGGGAAAGCAUAGUGUCUAGGUUAUGGCCUAAUGCUAAGUGCAUCGUCACCAUCAUUACUGGGACAAUGUCUCAUCACAUCGAUAACAUUGAUUUUUAUAGUAAUGGUCUUCCCAUUGUUAGCCAUAUGUACGCAUGUUCAGAAUGCUUCUUAGGUAUAAACCUUGACCCUCUAACUAAGCCACCUGAAGUUUCUUACACCCUUAUCCCUACAAUGGUAUAUUUUGAGUUCUUGACGAUACUCGGGGAAGAUGAUGAUCAAAAGGACAACUGCAACAGGAGAAAAAACAACAUCAUCCAGAACUGGUUGAUCUCAUCAAGGUUGAGCUUGGACGAGAAUAUGAGCUUGUUGUCACCAAUUAUGCAGGUAACUUGA